AGGCCACGCCAGCGGCCCGCAGUGCGCACACGACGCUCGCACGCGAUAUACAAUCACGGCGUUCACGGCAUCGCAUCAUCGCGAUUUACGCUCCGCGCACUGAUGUUGUACGCGAUCUACUGAAAAUAUAUUUUAAUUUUUAAACUUGUCAAAAAUAUAAACUGUAACGAUGUUAUCUAUUCUGACGAACUCUAAACUGUUGUGGGGGCUGUGGCAAGUGAUGAUCUGGUGUGCGUCGCGGACGUCGGUGCCGCUGCUGCUGGCGGCAGGCGUGCUGGCGCUGGCGGCGCGGUUGGUGGCGGUGCUGCAGGAGAUGCGCAAGUUGCCGCCGGGCCCGUGGGGGCCACCCGUCGUCGGCUACCUGCCCUUCGUCGGCGUGCGCCACAAGACCUUCUUGGAGCUGGCGCGCAACUACGGCGCGCUGUUCUCGGCGCGGCUUGGCAACCAGCUCACCAUCGUGCUCAGCGACUACCGGGUCAUCCGCGAAGCUUUCCGCCGCGAGGAAUUCACCGGCCGCCCCAGCACUCCGCUCAUGCAUACCAUUGAGGGACUCGGCAUCAUCAACAGCGAAGGCCCUCUGUGGAAGAGCCAACGCCGCUUCCUCCACGAGAAACUCCGUGAGUUUGGCAUGACCUACAUGGGCAACGGCAAGAAAAUCAUGGAAGGCAGAAUUAAGAAUGAAGUGUAUGAGCUGAUGGACAACCUUCAUCGGUCUGAAAGCGAAGCUAUUGAUGUGAACCCGCUUCUCGCUCUCGUCGUAUCCAACGUCAUCUGCGGCAUCACCAUGUCAGUUCGCUUCAGCCACGGAGACUCGCGCUUCGAACGCCUCAACGACCUCAUCGAAGAAGGCAUGAGGCUCUUCGGAGAAAUUCACUAUGGAGAAUACAUCCCUCUUUACAACUAUCUACCGGGUAAAGCUCAAGCGCAAGAGCGAGUGAUGAGGAACCGCCAAGAAAUGUUUGAGUUCUACCAGACACUUAUCGACGAGCACCGGGAGUCUCUUAACAAGGACAACGCCAGGGACCUCAUCGACGUAUAUCUUAUCGAAAUUGAGAAGGCCAAGAAAGAAGGCAGGGGAGGAGAGCUUUUUGAAGGCAGAGAUCACGAGCUUCAACUGAAACAAAUCCUUGGCGACUUGUUCUCUGCUGGUAUGGAGACCAUCAAAUCUUCCCUCCUGUGGAUGAUCGUGUUCAUGCUGCGCAAUCCGGAAGUGAAGCGGCGCGUGCAGGAGGAGAUCGAUACCGUGAUCGGCCGUGAACGCCUGCCCAACGUAGAGGACAUGCCUAACCUGCCCUACACCGAGACCACCAUCCUCGAGACCCUUCGCAUGUCCAGCAUUGUCCCCCUCGCCACCACACACUCGCCUACCAAGGACGUCAAUCUGAACGGAUACAGGAUCCCCGCGGGCUCGCAAGUGGUGCCGUUGAUCAACUGUGUGCACAUGGACCCGAACCUGUGGGACGAGCCUAACAAAUUCAACCCGAGCCGCUUCUUCGACGACGCCGGCAAGAUCCGCCGACCAGAGUACUUCAUGCCGUUCGGUGUCGGCAGGCGCAUGUGCCUGGGAGACGUGCUGGCUCGCAUGGAGAUGUUCAUGUUCUUCGCGUGCAUAAUGCACCAGUUCGACGUACAGAUGGAGCCAGGCGCGGCGCUGCCGUCUCUGGAGGGCACGGUGGGCGCCACCAUCGCCCCCGAAGCGUUCCGCGUGCGCUUCGUGCCGCGCCUUCUACCGUCCGCGCCCUCGCUCGAGCUCGGGCAAAUCCGCCACGUCGGCUCUCACUGAGCCCCCAAUCCCGCCUCUGCCCCACACCCACCAGUAUUCAAUGAUCACUCGUUUUAGAGCGCAUCGACGACCAUUAUUUAAGUUUUAAUUAUUUAAGUGACGACAUCGCGGAGGCGACCGUCGAGGCUGUGCAUAAAGUGUUCAAUAUAUUAAACCGAACUUGUAACUUUAGAUGUAUUGAAAAUUCCCAUCGCUGAGAUUAUACGUAAAAUUUAAAGCGUGUGAAUUUGCAGUAUUAUCGAAUCGUAUCGUAUUCGCUGUAGGCUCUCGAUCCUUUAGAUCGUUGCUGAUCACACCGUAUUACAAUACAGCUAUAUCGGUAGGUCCAUUAUAUCGUAAGUUCUAGUACCUAUACCAAAAUAAAUGUAUGUUCUAGGUCAUUAUUUAUUAGUAGAUUUCACCUGCAAGUGUUUGAGUACAAUCUCAAUCUGCUGCGUUCCAUAUCAUGUUGAGUGAAGAAUUACAAGUGUUCAUUUGUAUUUAUAACGUCUCUAGUGUAACAUGUACCUUCCGUGGUAGUGUAGCAACCGGCUAGUCUAAGAGCGAUAGUAUUGUCGCUGUCUACGAUACGAUUACAUAGCUAUAGUCUAGUUGUAUCCUAGGUUAGCCAUUAUGGAUUCAUUCUAUUUGCAACCAAGUUGCGGUGUACUGAACUACAAUAGGUUAAGUCUUUUUUCAUUUGUAACUCGCUAUCAUUUAGAGUUCAUUGUUUACCUUAGCUUUGUAUAUAACGCUAUAUUUUAUAUCUAGACUUAAAUUUGUAUUAAGAAAUAAAUGGUAAAAAACUUGAUUGAAAUGAA